GCGUGGUCGUUGAACAUGAACAAUGUUUUGUUUUGUGUCGGAACCGGAAAUACGUCAGUCAGCCAUGUUGAUUUUUAUGGAAGCGUAAGCCAUGUUGAGGUGGAGAAGUUAGUAAUGGUGAAGAAUUCUUUAGACUCUACAGAAAUGACAACUCGCACAGAAAAAAAUAAUUUCCAAAACCAUCGUUAUAGAAAGACUCGCUGUAACGAGUGCAAGACAAACUGGUACAUGUAUAAAGCACAACAGGGCUGUGUUACUCCAAAUUGUGGUGAAUGUGUGUAUUGUCGUGACAAACUGAUGUAUGGUGGGAAAAAUGUGCUGAAGCAGUGUUGUAUAAUGAAACGAUGUUUAAAUCCAGCCAAACGCACAGCUCUCGGCUUUGGAGAGCACGUGUCCGAGUUGGAUUCCACGCCCACUCCGUGUCUUCCUGACCCAGAGACAUUUGUUCUCCUCAGAAACAUUUGUGACGAUAAAUUGAUGACAAGAUUUAAGCGGGAUACCUCAAAAUCUUAUGUUCAUACCGAAGACACGAUUUUGGGAACAGAAAGUGCGCCAGUUGAGGACGCCAUUGUGCCUGUUCCUGACGACACCGCAUCACAUAAAUCGGGACGCUCACAGAGAAAGCGAAAAAUUAACGUUCACUUUUACAAUCCAGUCGAAUAUGUCCAGACUCUGAAGUCUCGGAAGAAAGACCCUGUGGUAAAAAAAGAUCCUCUCGAGGAUAUUGACAUGGACAAAUUAGUAGGAUACCUUGAACAUCAGAACAAAAGAGACAGAGAAUCAAUGAAAAUACAAAAAUUGAAGCGCUUGGAAAAAGCACCGAAACCAGCGCGACCUCAGACGGCAAAGACGAAGAAGAAGAAAAUGCGGCCGUAUCAGGAUUUUCAGCCGGCGGCCGUCAGAGUGGCUAGUCCCGCGGCCUUUAGCGUCAUUAAAAGAGAUCCAUCCCUCAGUCCGCCACCCCUCACGCGGCAUGACUCGGGAAACACAGAAACCGUAGAUAAUGCUCGAGAACGCCCUCCUGUCCUAGAGCCAUGUAGUAAGGAGAAAGAGGCGGUAAAAAUAAGUUUUUCCGGCCGGUGUUGUAAACCAAAUAACGCUUACUUUCAGGGAUUUUAUACUGACUUAAGUAAGAUUCCUGCCCUAAAGAACAGAUCAUUAAACAGGAAGAAACCCAUUCAGAAAGGGACGGACAACAAAACGGCUGUUUCUAGAGUGGAGGAUACGGUGACUCGCGAGAAUAUAAAACAAGAGACGUUCGUCGCAGAGGAAAAUAAACCUUUGCUGAAAAAGUCAUUCAACCAACUUAAGAAAGAGAGGGGGAUGGCGAAAGUAGACUUCAUGCAACAUUCCCUUGAUAACAUGAUGAGGAACACUGAAAAAGACAGUCAAACUGGCAAGCUUGAGAAUAGGAUUCCUGUGUAUCAAGACAAAAUCAUGGAAACAGUGAAAGAGUUGGCAAAGGAGAAAAAAUUUGUCAAAUUUUUCCAAUUAAAUGUCGGAGAUAAACUUAUUUUUAUCCCCACAGAUGGCGCGACAGUUAUCCCGAAAGCCUAUGUGAUGGAUAAAGAACCCAAGGUAUCAAUGGCACCUACUGGCAUGGUGGUAACACCUGCUGGUGUGACAGCGCCACCUACCGACUCAACAGUGAGUCAAGUCGUUGUUAAGUCCGAACCUGUAGAAUCUCCAGAAGACGAAUCGAUGCCGAAAAUUACAAGUGUGUUCAGUCUGUCAUCCGACGCCAACAGAGCAUCUCCAGAGGCAGAAAUGCCGAGCGAUAAUCAACUGGAAACACAUUCCAGCGCGGCGGAUGAGGUUGGAUACAAUGAAACACAUAUAAAUGCAAUGCCAUGUGAAACUAGUGCCUCAGAGAAACUGAAAAAUGUGAUACAGCCUGAUAUUUAUAACCAAACACCAGAGGCAGACGACAAAGAACUACAGAGUCUGCUGAGGGACACCAUGACAAAGAUAUUCAAUAAUCGGUCACAAAACAACAAAAACAACGGCAAUGAAACUGUGGAAACGGAGAACACGGAAACUAAACCAGUGACUGCCUCAGACAUAUUGAAACACUCGAAAGGACAGUCAAUGAACCCGGGUCACAUUGUAUAUGACAAGUUACCACCGAGAGACCCUUCCACUGAAAACAAGCCAGCAAUUCUGAGGAAAAUGCACUUACCGAACUUUGGAAAGUUGGAGCCUCUUGAAAAAAUCACAAGUAAAGCAUUAAAUCAGUCUUGUGUCCUAACUAUACCUCAAUCCAACAAUCCACAUGUAGUGGGCAAAAAACUCAUCAUUCCUUCUUCUCAAUCUAACGUAGUGUUAAUUCCGCAUAUGGGCAAGACAGUUUCGAGCGGUAGCACAACCCUGUUUGUUACUUCCACUCCAACAAACAACAAGUUACAAAGCCUGUUGCCAAAAUCGAAAUUACAGCUCGUCAGUUGUAAGCCACAAACUUUGAUUACAAGUACAGGGGGAAUCAGUGCGAACUCCAGUUCUAACGCUUCUAACUUCGUAGGAGGGUUCAGUGGUACCUUUUCUAAAUCUCCAGUGAAACCACUUCUUCUUUUCCCGAACAGAGCAAAUAUGAAUAACCAGCCUGCCCUUCCCAAGGUUGCCACCAGUCAAGUGACAAGCAAUAUACAUAAACCUAUAACUGUUUACCCAGUAUCUUCUACUCAGCCAGUGAACAUCGCUCAAGGAAGUCUGAACAGUCCUUGUUCAUUAGGCCGAGGCUUAGUUUCGUGGAGUAAUACAGGCGUGGUUCAGGCUAGUGAGACAUCAGCCUUUACUCUAAAAUCGCUAGGAAACCUCACACACGCGACCACCACACAACCUAGAUUAACGAGUUUAUUGACCGAAUCCGUGAAAAUUGAGCCCAAGAACGACAGCGGUUCUACAACACAGAAUAAGUCAGAAAAGCAAUACCCAAGUAAUGGAAAUAAAGGCAACGCUUAUGGUCAUGAAUGGGUCACUGUCAAAUCUGAACCAGGCGAUAAACACGAGUUUGAAGCAGCUAUACUGCAAAAUAUAAAGCAAGAAAGAAACAGUAGUGAAACUGAAAGUGAAACUGAAACCAUGGAAUCUUCAAAGGUCGCUACUAAGAAAAGCAAGUCUCGUCGAAAAAAACAAUUCCUUGAAAAGAACUUCACGCAGGUGCAUUCCGAAGAGACGGAUACGGAGGAACGCAUUCGGCGGCUGAGGGAAAAGAUGCGCGCGCAACAACAGGAAUGUGAAAGUCUUAAAAAGACUUUACUAAAUGAAAGUGAAAAUACGUCGUAGAACAGAUCAUAUUGAUCCAAAUUGUUUGAAUAUAACAAUUUCCCAGUUCAUUUUUCAUCAUAUUUCGCAUUCUAAUGGAUAUAUUGCUUGCCAGUCUGGGGUCUUAGGUUUAGUUUUAAAACAAAGAGGGUCUUUUUUGUAAUGAAAAGAAGUUUAAGAUUCUGAUGGGAACCUCACCUACAAAAUUCUAGAAGUUAUGAAUAUACUGUCUGCUGAAGGAAUUGUUUGUUAGCAGGAGGGGGCGGGGACUACCUCACCUUACAAAAUUCUAGAAGUUAUGGAUAUACUGUCUGCUGAGGGAAUUGUUUGUUAGCAGGAGGGGGCGGGGACUUCUGUAGUACGCUAGCUAGAUCUAACAACUCGAAAAAAAGUCUGCGUAAUUUAGCUUGAUACUUCAAAUUUACAAAUGUGUUGUCAGUAAGGGACAUUUAAUGUUUACUAUUUUCGUAUAGAUUGCCAUUCAACUUGACAUAAACAUCUGUAUAUAGAAAGGAAAAAAAACCGAAUCAAUGUAAAAAAAAAAAAAAAAAAAAAAAAAAAAAAUGUUUUAAUGGGCUACAAAAAACAGUGGAUUAUAUAUCUGCCACUGUGUCCAUACUUUCAUAAUACAAACAAACUACGUAUUGCAAAAAUCAAAAUGAAGUUAUUUCAAAAUUUGCAUAAAAGGUUUUUGAAUUGAUUUCUAUUUUACCGUUUUUCUGCUAAUAUUUAAUUAUUGUUUUUUUUUUUAUACAUGUAUAUGAUAAGUUUGACAUCUGAAUUGUAGAAGUAAAUGUCUGUUACAUCAGUAAAUACAAUGUGGCCGCAAAAGAAAAAGUAAAACAAAUUGUAUCUCUAUACCAUCAUGUAUUCUUAAAAGCAGUGGUUUUAUCAGAUCAAUUUAGUACUGUAUGUUAUAAUAUAUUGGGUUGGGGAUAAAUUCUUUACACAUGCAUUUGAAUUAUUGCAAUUUCCAUGUCUACUUUUAAGUAGAUGAAUCGGUUCUGGGGUAUUAAAAACCGAGAUUAUUGUGUCUUAGUUCUAUCAAGACUAAAUCGUUUAUCCGCAAAUUGAUCAUGUUCUUUAAAGUUAGUUUAGAAUUCUGUGCACGACACUUGCUUCAUGUACAAACAUUUGGUGUGUUUUUAAAAGACAAAAAAUGAAAACUAAAUCCAUGCUUUUAUAAAUGAAUACAAUUUACCGUAUGGAAAAUAAUUUAUUCCCUUAAUUUCUCAAUUACGUCUAAAGCUGGAGAACUUUUGUAUUGAGUUUAUAUAGAGGUAUGAUAUAUUUCAAGGUUUGAACAUUUAUAUUUGUAUUUAUUACAAUUAAGGCAAUUUUCUUCAAGACUGUUGCUUCGAUGUGUCCCCAGAUUAACAAGACAAUGAACAACUUGUUUUGGUAAUCCCAAUAAUACUACAUUUGAUUUAUAAGAACAUUUUAAUGUAGUGCGGAUAUAGAGACGGUUUUUUUUUUGAUCCGCCCAUUAAUUUGACUAAAUGUGAUGAAAUUGAAUUUGAGAAUUGUUAUUAGUUUGUUGAACGUUUCAUUCGAAUAACCCAUAAUACCUUUAUCAAAUAUUGUAACUCAAUAAAGUUAUUAUAUUGUUUUAAA